AUGGGCAGCGGCGGGGGCAUCUGGCAGGCCUCCCCUGAGGAGCUGGGUUCUCCUGGCCUCCUCCAGCGCCUGUCCGAUCCGAGGCUCAGUGAGGUGUGGAGAGGUCAUAUCUCUCAGCCGAGAGCAUACGACAGCCCGGGAGGCUGGCGUCCGGUUCGGGUGCCCAGGGCUCGUGCCUGGGUCUCUGCUGCUGAGCUGUGUCCUCUGGCUGUCCUGUUGCUGUUGCAGGAGCUGCUCAGCGGGGACCUGCAGGAGGGACCUUUCUGGGAGGACCAGCGUCCCCUAGAGGUGGCAGUCACCCCUGAGAAAGCCGAGGGCUGAGGCAGCACAGGACAGCUCUUUGGCGUGCUUGAUGGAGAGAAAGCAGCAAGCCGCGAGGGCCCACGAGGGCUGGGCAAGAGGCACCUGAACAUCGAUGUAGGUCUUUGCUCCUCCCUGCCUGCCAGGAGGUCCUGGGCCGAGAUGGUGCUCCCCCGUCAGGAGGUCCUGGGCUGGGAGGUCCUGGGCCGGGAUGGUGCUCCCCCCUUCGGGGGGUCCUGGGCCAGGAGGUCUUGGGCCGGGAUGGUGCUCCCCCCUCGGGAGGUCCUGGGCCAGGAGGUCCUGGGCUGGGAUGGUGCCCCCCCACCUCGGGAGGUCCUGGGCCAGGAGGUCCUGGGCCGGGAUGACCGGGAGCCCACUCACUGCAGGACGGAGGGUGAGCUCAGCGAGGACCCCCGGGGGGCCAACAAGAGGCUGUCGGCACAUGUCAGGAGGCCGGGCGCCGACCCCCACCCCUGCUGUGCACGGGGCCCGUGCCGCGUGGACGAGAACACGGAGCGGAGGAACCACUACCUGGACCUGGCCGGAAUCGAGAACUACACGUCUAAGUUCGGGCCUGGGUCCCUGCCGGCACCAGCCAAGCAGGAGCAUCAGGGCAAGGCCGUGCACCCCCAGAGCAGGUCCCACUCGCAGGAGGCGGACGCACACGAUGCGCACCACCGCAGGUCUCAGCCGCUGGCCGACCAGCCCCCGCCGGCUGCAGACCCCGCCAGGGCCCUGGACGCGCAGCCCCUCCUGAAGGGGCAGGACAAGCAGCCUCCGAGGUCCCCCAAGGGCUCAGGGAGGCCACCUGGGGCACCCGGCGGAGGCAAGCCCGGGAGAGCCUUCGGCUCCCACCUGCUGGCGGCCCCGGCCCCCGCCCCCCCAGGACGGCCAGCACCCCCCCCCCAGCCCCCGCCGCAGCCCUACGGCCACAAGCGCUACCGGCGGAGGGGCAGGGAGGGCCACUCGACCCCCAAGGCGGUGCUGGAGCACGAGGGGGUGCGGGGCCCGCCGCCCCCGCUGGUGGGGGAGGGCUGUGCGGUGCCCGCGGUCCAGCGCCACGAGCACCACCACCACCACGAGCACCACCACCACCACCACCACCACCCAUGCUAGUGCCAACCGCGCACCGGCCCCGGCGUGGGCUCCGCGGAGGUGGCGCCGAUGGACCUGGUGGGGAGGGCCUCCUUGGCCCCCCGCCUCCCCGCGCCGUGCUGCCCACAGAGGCCGUGUCCGCACGAACACGUGGGACGCCACUGGCAUCUCAGCUUUGAAGCUACUCCUCGUGCCCCGUAGACACCCUCCGCGGGUGGAGAAACAUAGCCGGUGUCUGCUCUUGUUUGUGAUUCCAGACGAGGCCCCUGUGGUGCUGGAGGGGCUCCGCUCGGACGCCACACGUCCGGUGUGGGCUCCCUGUUACGUGGCCCUUCCUGUAAUCUGUUCACGAGGAAGUCCAAAGGGGGCAGCGGCAGGGGGGUGGCCGCGCAGGACGGGGCGUCGUCAGGAAACGCGGUGGCGGGGCGGGGAGGCCAGGCAGGGCCGAGGGGCUGCAGGAGGGGCCUCCGGCAUCUCCACGGACACAGACGUGGACGGCAGGCCGGCCCCUCGUGCUUGGUGGACGCAGACCCGAAGCGGCGUGGCGGCAGACCCGGCCUCCGCCAAGUCCCCCUCUGGGAAGGCAUGAUCCCCAUUCCCUCUGGGCGUCAGGAGAAGGGCUGUGGGCCAGCAGGAAGUCUCACCCCGCCCCAGCGCUCCCACCGAGGCAGGAAGUUACUGCUCCUUUGUUCUGGAGAGGCACGCCGACUCCCGGCAGCUUGCGUGUCUGUGUGGGUGGCUUUCACUGGCCUUCGUGGCACCGCUGUUGAGGAUGAAGCGUCAGUGGUCGACGCGUGAGGUCCCCCCUCAGGCACAAUGAAAGCGUGUGCAUUUGCAACGUGUCGGGCCCUGUUUGCAAUCAAGAUCUUCCGGUAGAUACGGGCAGACCGCCGCCCCAGGCAGCGCGAGGCUACAGGUGUGCGGAGCCGGCGGGCCCAGGACGCGUCCGCCGCGUGCACGGGUAGAGGGAAGACUGACGCACGUGCAGGCACACGCGACUCUGUCUUUGCGGGGUUUCCUCCCUGUGUUUCUGCUCUAAAGUUCAAACACGUAAGCAACCCGAAAACCUACGUCCCCAGCUUGGCUCGUGAUAACGGGACACUUGGUACCACGUCUGGGGCUGUGAGGACCACAGUUCAAGUGGAGACGGUGGCUCUCUGUACACAGGGAUCUGUUUGGAGGGGUCGGGAUGACAUCUGCCCGUCUGCUCUUCAGGACGUCCUCCUGGGUCGUGGCUGUUGUAAAGUCUGCGGGGAUUUCGGAGGAUCUGGCGUCUUCCCUGGGGCCCACGUCCCAUCCCCCGCCCCCGGGAGACCCCCAAGCCACCCCUGCCCCUGGGGGAGCCCCCACCCCACCCCACCAGGGGACCAUUUCCCUGCUUUGUUUCCUCUUUUCUGCCUAAAACUUACACAUUUGUCUCUACUCGGGGAGACCUGUGUGUCUGUGCCAGCCUGCUCGCCUCACCCACACCUGCUGCCCGGGACCUCAUAUGCUUCUGCUCCAUGGGCUCCCGGAGGGCCCACGCCUCAUCCUCGGUGCCGGGCACGUCACCAACACACCAGAGAAGCCCAGUGAACACUGGAGGGCAGCCUGCAAGCCCCCUGUGGCGUGGGCGUGACCUGCCAUGGGAAGUGUCAGGAGGAGGCCAGCGGGACGGUGGGCCCAGAGGUCCAGCGAAAGCGGAAGGUCCGGGCACUUUCUGAUGGUCCGGAACGCAGGUGGGCACUGGGGGCCUCACCCGCCCUUCCCCACCAAGCACCCUGCUGCGUGCGUCCGGGAGGGGUCUGAGCCCAGAGGACCGGACAGCCCCCAGAACGGGGGAGAGGGGGGUCCAGGCAGGGAGGCCUCUUGAGGCGAUGUCCCCGCACAAUGCAGAGCCGAUGGCCAGCAAGCCAGGAACUGGAGAGUCCCCUGAUCUAGUUAGAGUGUCUGCAAACGAACAGGAAAACAGCCCAGCCCACAUCCGAGACAGGGAAUGUGUGUGACCAGUGCUUCGGAGCAGCAGGGCAAAGAACAGAAGCAAAGGUACUGUCCGAACAGCACACCCGCUAGGAUUCCCCACAGGUGGCACCGAGUAAAACCCAGAAGCGUCUUCCGGUGCCUGAGAGUAAGAUUAGCAAAGCCUCUAGAUACAAGUCGAUGUCAAAGAGCAAUUUUAUUUCCACAG